CGGAACGGAAGGGGCGCUCUAGGAGGGAAAGGGCACCAUAGAGGCGGAAGGAGCGCGAGCGAGCGCGGCGUCACUCCCACAAUGCCCCGCACAAUGGGGCCGCCGGGGCCUGAGCCGGAGCCGAGCCUGGCGGGGCCCGGGGGAACGGGAUGAAGAUUUCUUGCUGUUAAAGUCAUAUAAUUGCAAAGGUUCCAGCUCUACUUGGACAGCGUAACAGCAAGUCGCCCACAGAUAUGAGUUCUGCUUAACAUGGCCCUGUUCUACUAGGCCUGCCAUGACGGCAUUUUUUACCAGUGUUCCUACCUGGAUUCAAGAUGCAAAGCAGGAGGAGGAGGAGACAGGCUGGAAAUUAGUCCCCAGGCAAAGGGGUCGAGAGGCCGAAAGUCAAGGCAAGUGCCAAUGUGAAAUUUCUGGGACCUCCUUUACCAAUGUGGACAAGCUGAGAACUCACACGUUCGCUCAUACGGAGCAGAGACCUUACAACUGCCCUCAGCUGCACUGUGGAAAGGCCUUUGCAUCCAAGUACAAGCUCUAUAGGCACAUGGCCACACACUCUGCCCAGAAGCCUCACCAGUGUAUGUACUGUGAGAAAAUGUUCCACCGGAAGGAUCAUCUCCGCAAUCACCUGCAGACUCAUGACCCCAACAAGGAAGCCCUCCACUGCCCUGAGUGUGGCAAGAACUACAACACCAAACUAGGCUUCAGGCGACACCUGGCUAUGCAUGCAGCUGCCAGUGGUGAUCUGAGCUGCAAAGUGUGCCUGCAGACCUUUGAGAGCACUCAGGUCCUCCUGGAACACCUCAAGGCUCAUUCCAGGAGGGCAUCUGGUGGAACAAAGGAAAAGAAGCACCCAUGUGAUCACUGUGACAGACGCUUCUACACACGUAAAGAUGUGCGGAGACACCUCGUGGUGCACACAGGGCGGAAGGACUUCCUGUGCCAGUAUUGUGCUCAGAGGUUUGGGCGGAAGGACCACCUGACCAGGCACAUGAAGAAGAGCCACUCCCAAGAAUUGCUGAAGAUCAAGACAGAGCCAGUUGACAUGUUAGGUCUCCUAAGCUGUAGCUCAACUGUGGCAGUGAAAGAAGAGCUGAGUCCAGUUUUAUGCAUGGCAUCCAGAGACAUGAUGAGUGGCAGGUUCAGCAAAACCCUUUGAGUUGAUCACCAAGAAUAUUAGACCUUCAAAAUGGAGAACACAAGAACUUACCACUUUACUUUCAAUUGGAAAACUAAAAAAAAUCCACAUUUUGCUUCCUGUGUUACUAAUAGGGUACUGGAAACUAUAUGUACAGUCUUACAAGAAAAAAAAUCUGAGCAAUAUCUCCUCAUACAUGAAACCAGGUGCUCAGUUCUAUUGUAUGCUGUACAUGUUCCUCCCCUCAGCCAUGCAAUCUUGCUUCCCACCAGCCUCAUUCACAAAGUGAACACUAAACUUGGAAAACAUGGAAAAUCAUUUCAAAUUAUGUUGUUGCAACAUGUAGCAAGAGAAACCAGUGGAAGUGACCAGGAAACUUAAAGCCUGACAGAAGAAAACAGCGAAUUUGGGAUUUUAUUUUCAUUUAUUAAACAGGGCACUUGCACAACCCUCAAAGUGAAAGCAUCUGAACUUCCUUAUUUUUUAAGACACAAGCAUAUUUUAACAAUUCUUCCACUCCAUUGCUGUAUUCUUAGUGAUUAGCGCAGGCACUGCAUCUUACCCUGAAAAUGCUAUAAAAUCAGAACAGGUCUAUUGCAUAGGAUGUGCUGAGAUGAUAAAGGGAAAGCUCUGUGUGAAACAAUUUCUGCAGUACAGGAAUACCACCACGUGUCACUCAGAGAAUGGGUCCUAGUUAAAUUAGAUAUCCAGCUGAAAAGACCAGUUCACAUUUGGCAUCUGCGCCAGCAAACCCAAUUUCUUUCUGCAUUUUGUUGUUCCUUUUCAAGGUAAUGUACCAUUAAGGUUUCCGCUUGUGGAAUUCACCAGCGGAUCCUGCUCAGAGAUGUAGCCUUUGGCAAGUUUGGAGAAAGAGCUGAAAUUCAGGUUUUUUCUGAACGCUGAAGUCUGCCUAGCCGAUUUGAUUGCUUGUGCUGAAAGCCUCAUGUCUUGAGCUUAUGAGUUCUCCCCAUCCCUUUAGUGCCUCAUUAAGUUCUUGAUUUUUUUUUGUAGUUUUUCCCUAAUUAACUAGGAGCUGUUUUAGAACAUUUUUGUAACAUUUAUAUCAAUAUUUUACUUUAACAAGGAUAUUUAACUAAAAAAAGAGAAAGAAUUGCCUUAGUGUAGGUUCAAAAACUGGGUGGUAACAAAAGGGACAGUGCAGGGAACUUCUGGAAACCACCCAGAUUCACCCUUCGAAGUAGCCAAGCUCUGAACCUGCUGCUGGAGGAAAAGCUACAGUGGCCUUCGCAGCUAUGGCAAAGUCAGGCUGAGGAUCCUCUUCAAGUCAGGGUGAACUUUGUCACCAGUGGAACAAAUUCUGCCUUCAGGUUCUAGUACACAGGAGUGCAACCCCCAAGGGCAGGAUUUGGUCCAAAGGCUGGGAGCACCCCUUUCCAAAAGCAGCAACUUGGAAUUUCUCUGCUACUGUAGCUGGGGUGGAAGGGAGUCAGCAUCUUUUUUCUUUUACCAGGGAUGCAACUCAACCUUUUCCAUGCUGCACUUUCAGAGCACCAGUUCCCAGCUUCCAUUCCUACAGCCACAGCUGUCAAGGCCAGCAGCUUCCCCUCCUUAAAGCUGGAUUAUUUUUUUAAAGAAACUUUCUAGCACUUUUAUACACACAGUGAAUAACCUCUUUUUAUUGGAGUAUUUUUGGGCUUUAUAUAAAACAAGGUUUUGAAUUGUAAAAAUAUCAAGUGCCAUUAGGAAAUGUACAGCUCAUCUCUGUUCAAUUAGCUUUUCCAUUGUCUUACAGAAUUAAGUCCAAAAUGGAAGGGAGUUUUAUAAUGAAGUUGUUUAUUAAAAAUGUUUGAACUGUC